AUGGUGCUGGACUACUCGAAGUGGGAUAAUCUCGACGUGUCCAGUUCUUCGUCGUCGGAUGAGAGGGAAGAUGAUGAUGACAUGUACAUCGAGGGAGAGCCUCCAGUCUCCACGACUACUGGUCCGGGUGGCUUGCAAGUGCGGUCCUUCGAUAAGCCAGUGUCGGUGACGCUCGGUCAGGGAAAAAAGAGGAAAGGAGAAGAGCGAGUUCCUCAAGGAAUCAAAGGGAAAGAUGUCAAAUCCAUCACCGUGAAUCGCGAUAACGUGUUGACGCUCGAUCUAGCAGGGGAGGAGUCGUACUUCAGUGGACAGUUGGAGUUUACUGUUAAGAUGGACGAUCCAGAGGAGGACAUCUCGUGGGAAAUGAAGGAUGUUGCGGACGCCUCCCAUCGGGUAGUGGAGAUAUCACUACGUAAGAGUGAACCGCUGCUACCCGGCUUGGUCAUGUGGUGGUCCGAUGCCAUCAAAGAUGGAGGAGCUGGGGUGGAUGUAACUUCUUUGCCAGAUCGAAGAAAGGACUCCAACAUCAAGCAGGUUCAAGAGGCCUGGAAAGAGGCGCAAGAGGCUUUUAAAGAGAAGCGAAAACAACCUCAAGAGAAGCUCGAGCUACUAGAGGCGUUCGUCUCCAUAGGCUUCAAAGGCUCACUGGAAGAAGAGCGUUGGCAAAUUACACAGGAUGGUGCUCGAAUCAUCAGAAAGAUAAGUGAUUCGUCACCCUUCGCAGAUAUGAAUGCUGAGCCAACGCCCUCUGAUGUGAAGGAGGUCCUGGAGCUGGUCAGAGAGCACUCGAGAUUUCCAGUAAUAGGGCUCGAACGACAGCUAGUUGAGUUGAUGCAGCGGCAGCGAAUAGCGCGGAAGUCCGACGAGCGGAAGCAGCAGCCUCGGUACGGUCCUCUCACUCGCCGUUCCGGUACGAACUUGGCCGAGAGCAGAGUGCCUAUGGGGGAGCAGUCGGCGCCGUCUGUCGCCAGCACGAAGCCUUCGACCUUUGGUUCAAUUGUCGCGGACUCGUCGCGGGACAUAGGCGGCAAUACAGGUCUCGACAAUCCCAACGGGGGGUUAUGGAAUUUCCGAGGAAGGCUGGGGGAGAAGUUGCAACAGGCUUUGGGUCGUAAUCCGGACGCCUCUGAAUUGAGCUUUUCGUACGAUAUGCUGGAGGGAGGUGCUGGCUUUAUAUGUACAGUGAACGUGUUUGGAAUCGACUUUCGAUCUGAUCCUUGCCCCAAGAAGAAGCAAGCUGACCAAGAUGCUUGUAGGAGUGCAUUGGAGUCUUGGGAUACGCUCAUACGAGACACGCUAGCGUUGCGGGUGGCUGUGGAGCCUCAGAGUGAACCGGAGUCUAGUCGUUAUCGAAUGGAUGCCAAGAGCCGGCUCAAUCAUGCUCUGCAGCGAAAGUUGGGACGACCGGUCACUCGAAUGGAUGUUACUUAUCACACUGAACUGGUGCAGGGCAAGGACAACCUGUUUAGGUCGAUAGUAAGGCUCGGGUGUCUACCUGGCGAUAGGACUUUCGAAGGUUUUGGAGCCGUUGGCAAGGGAAGUGCUGAGCAGGAUGCGGCAGCAAGGGCUCUGGAAUGGUUGGAUAGUGUGCCCCUCUUUGACCAUCCUUAAGGUCACAUUAUUGUAUUCCUGAGGAUCCAUCUUUGGCCCCUUGGAGUUGACUGUGAAUUAUUUCUACCGUAGUCUCUUGUUACUAUUUGCUACAUUUGUCG